CAGAGGUGUUGUACUGAUCACAAUCAUAUUAGGAAUAGGCCCAUUAGUCACAUUUGGAUUUGGGCUUCAAGAGAAAAUCCCUGAAGUUUGUACUUUGUUCUCAGUUCUCACCCAUAUAUUUACUGAUUAGGUAAGUUAGGCUCUCACAUUUGGCGGGAAAGCACGUGAGAGAGAGAGACAAUGGCGAACAAGCAAAUCAGCCAGAUGGGUCUGCCAAAGUCGAUCGCCAACGUCUUCGCUGCUCGUAAUGUCUUCACCGCCAAGGAUGCAUUAUCUUUAACUGAAUUUGAGUUGAUGGAAUUGUUAGAUGUGGGUUUGGCACAAGUAACAUCUGCAGUAGCUCACAUCAGUGAAAUCGUGUGUCCACCAUAUCAAACUGCAUUAUCGCUGAUGGAGCUACGGGUUCAAAAUGAGCACUUGGCUGGCCAUCUUCCCACUCAUAUGAAAGGAUUAGACGAGGCCUUAUGUGGCGGAAUACCAUUUGGUGUCUUGACAGAGUUGGUUGGUCCAGCUGGAAUCGGAAAAACACAAUUUUGCUUGAAGCUCUCUUUAUUGGCUUCAUUACCUGCAAGUUAUGGAGGUUUAGAUGGCCAUGUAAUAUAUAUCGACGUAGAGUCCAAAUUUAGUUCAAGAAGGUUGAUAGAAAUUGGAGUGAAAAGUUUCCCUGAAAUAUUUCACAGGAAAGGAAUGGCACAGGAGAUGGCUGGUAGGAUCCAUGUUUUGCGGCCAGCAUCACUUUCUGAAUUCACUGAGAGUGAACCAUCUGUUGUCAAAAUUGUUACCAGUUUGCAACAAAUCAAGGUUUCACUCCUUCAAAAUCAAGUGAAGUUGCUAGUUAUUGAUAGCAUGGCUGCUCUGGUUACAGGGGAAUUCGAGCAUGCGGCUCCCAGACAAAAUACAUUGGGUUGGCACGUUUCUUUUAUUAAGUCACUAGCUGAAUUUUCACGAAUUCCUGUUGUGGUGACAAAUCAAGUGAGAUCUCAAAGCCGUGAUGAGAUCUGCCACUAUUAUUUCCAAGUGCAAAGUUGGAAUGAAACCAUCGAGGAUCGCACAAGACAUGAUUCUCAUCUUGUUGCUGCUUUGGGAAUUAACUGGGCUCAUGCUGUUACAAUUCGUCUUGUGCUUGAAGCUAAAUCAGAUCAGAGGUUUAUUAAGGUGGCAAAAUCUCCAAUAUCCCCACCUCUGGCUUUCCCUUUUAACAUAACUUCAUCAGGGAUAUUAUUGCUGAGUGAUGAUGGAAUAGAGCUAACAGGGCCAGAUAUUAACGCAAUUCACUGUCAAGGUUUGUCAUUGAGAUUUUGUUGGGUGAAUCUGCAGAAGAAUAUUGAGUGGAUGCCCAAGACUACCAUUGGUCACUAUUUAAAAUGUGGAGCACUUAAUGCAGAUGGCAUCCAUCAUUUAGUGUUUUUGCUUGUGGCUUUCCAGUGGAAUAACUUCAUAAGAACUGAUAAACUAAAAUUGUUUAACUUUACAGAUCAUGCUAUGUGAACCUUAAAUUUCGUUAGAAACUAGUACCCAAAAAAUUGUUAGAAAAAUGUCUAUAACACAAAUUUUUAGGACUUCUUUAUUUUUUAUUUUACGUGUUUUUUUAAUAAAUCAAUUAAGCCUCAGAUCAAUGACUCAAAAAAUGCAGGCCAUAAUGACAUUAUCAAUUUCGGUGGGGAAAGCUUGCAGUGAUAAAUCAAGACACAAGCUGCAUUGAUGAAAUUUCAGGGAUGUUCUUAGAAGUAGAUAGAAUAUACUAUGAAUCCUGUUACUCAUUUUGAACAUUCUUUCUAGGUAAAUUUGAAGUAUAGAAGAGAGACCAAUGAACUGAAAUUGAUGUAUUUUCCUCUUAGAUAUCUUAGAGUUUGUAUUAUUUUUACAUCUGAAUAUUUCAAGCAUGAGCUAAAUGAAAGCAAAUUGCUGGUGGGAUGGAUUAUGUCUAAUGUAACUGUGCAUAACAAAAGUAUAGUGCCUUCCUGUUGCAUAAUAUUAGCUUGCAAAACUUUCAUGAAUU